AUGCAAUAUUCGUAUCGUAGGUCAAAAGGUACUGGAAGUGAAUUAAAAGUUUUAGCAGAAAAUGGAGAGAAAAAGAUCAAAACCUCCAAGUUAUUUAAAAAUAUUGGCAUUAGGACUGUCGAGGACAACACAGUAAAGUACUACAAAUUGAAGGGGGAAAAAAGCGACAUUUGUGAAUAUGGCUUCCGCCAAAAAUCAUUCCUUGAGGGCUCUGGCUCAAUCAAUAAAGAAUCUUACGAGCUUUUGGAUUCAUCUGCUAUUGAAAAAAACUUCAAAUAUCAGACCCAAUUGGGCAAAGUUGAAAAUGUUGAAGAUCUAAAACACUAUGCUCAAAAUAUAUUAAACGAGGUCUUAGUAGACGAAAAGUCAUUGAUAGUAACGAUGCUUGAUAGAAUAAUGGAAGACGUACAAAGUUUAAAUGACGAUGUUAUGAAACCAGUCCAAGCUAACAUUGAAAAAAUUUUAGAAACUUUAAAUAAUGUCUCCGAUAUUAAUAACAGCAUUGACGACAUAAAGAAAUUAACGCAGUUGAUAAAAGACAUUACGGAAAAAAAUAAUUCACUAUUGGAUCGUUUUGCUGAACAAUAUGACAAAGUGAUAUGUCGUUUAGAAAGUAUAGAUAGCCGAACUGAACGGAUAGAAGGUACAACUGAAAGGAUUGACGACAGAACUGAAAGGAUAGAUGGCCGAACUGAACGGAUAGAAGAUACAACUGAAAGGAUUGAUGACAGAACUGAUAGAAUCGACGGCAAAACUGAAAGGAUAGAUAGCCGAACUAAACGGAUAGAAGGUACAACUGAAAGGAUUGAUGACAGAACUGAACGGAUAGAAGGUACAACUGAAAGGACGGAUAGCCGAGUUGAACGGAUGGAAAAUCGAUUGGGCAAAAUGGAAGAAAAUAUAAUUAAUAAAAUUGAUGAAAAGGGAAGCUCAGAGGCAAUAGCUGCAGCGACCUCUCAAGGUAAAAGGAAAGUCUUAACUAUCGGAGCAACGAACUCUAAGCACUCUUUAAUCUACCAAACUUAG